UGAUCGCGACCGUCGAUGGCACGACCAACGGCUGAGGCGGACUGUCACCACGCACCAUACCAUCUAUGGUACCCUCGCAGCCCCUUUUCCCACUUCAGUAGCCGCACCACCGCCGCGAGACGUCGCCGGAGAAGAACGCUAAGGAUGGCUACUCUGAGGAACCUGAAGAUCAAGACGUCGACGUGCAAGAGGAUUGUGAAGGAGCUGCGCUCGUACGAGAAGGAGGUAGAGAAGGAGGCGGCCAAGACCGCCGACAUGAAGGAGAAGAGCGCCGAUCCGUACGAUCUCAAGCAGCAGGAGAAUGUUUUAGCUGAGUCAAGGAUGAUGGUCCCAGACUGCCACAAGCGACUUGAAGCUGCACUGGCAGACUUGAAAGCAACACUGGCUGAACUGAAGGAGUCAAAUGAACAAGGUGCUGAGAUUGGAGAAGCUGAGAGUACAGUCACAGAGGUUGAAGCUGUAGUCAAGCCAACAGGAGAUUAAAUUCGAAACGCCAGUUUGCUAAACUGUUAGCAAGCAUCCUCCUUGCUCUUGUUGAGACCUUGUGAGCUCAUUGCAUGAGAUUUGUUUGAUGUGAGCUCAUGUACCAGUAUCAGGACUUUUAACUAAAAAAAUUAAAUGUGUCCCGGAAUUGUGUUUGCUA